ACGGGCACCAGUGCCGCAGUGACAGCGCUCCACCAGCAUUUGCACGGCGCAAAUCCGCACCGCACCGCAGAGAGCGCAUCGCGACCAGGUUAAAUGGUCCGCCUUGACGCAUCCUGAAUCCAUCAGACUGCGCGUUGCCCAACGGCCGAGAAAAGUCACCGAAAGGAUACCAGCGGCUUGUGAACCCGGAAGGCAAGCGACCAGCGCUCGCAGCUCAUUCGUACACGAACGAUACAUAUCCAGAAUCAAUCCUUAUACAGGAUAGAGCGCAAUAUUUAAUUUCGAUGUGAUCAAACCACACAAUUUAAACUUAAACUUUUAACCUUCCCCAAGAAACCACCGUUCACUUCUUGGUUCUACUCAAUCUACAACCGUCUUAAUAAUAAUUUAUUUAAAUAAUAAAAAUGUGAAAUCCUCAGUGUUCUUAUGCCCCGUCAGCAAUAAGUUAAUUUACCAUCAUCAUAUUGAUGGUCCUGACAUCUUCAUUGUUAAAAUGAAUGUGUUUCCGAAAUAAUUAUAUUAAUUAAGUGUGCGGAAUUAAAACAGACACCGAGAUUAAAAGUGGAAAGUGGAGCAACAGCAGAGCUUGACGGUGUGGCAAGGACGAAUCAAGGAUAAACGGAUAACAGCCUUGAAAAUUUCAAGGAGUGCAAUUUGCAACGUCUGGACUACAAAUGAAUCAAUAUAAUUGAUUUUGAAAGGAACCAGCGACUGGACAGAUCGCAAGGAUCAUCAAGGAUGAAUGUAUAUUAUAAAUAUUUCAUCGCUGUUACAGUUGUAUUGAUGACGUUAUUCGCGUUCGGUGACUUGUCGCGUUGUAAACGAAGCAAUUCCCGCCAGAUCUUCUGCUACGAAUGCGACAGCUGGAGCGAUCCACGCUGCAAGGACCCCUUCAACUAUACCCUGCUACCCAAGGAUCAGCCACCGCUGACGACAUGCAACGGGUGCUGUGUUAAGAUGGUACGACAUGCUCGGACACCUUACGAAGUGGUGCGACGCACCUGCACGUCGCAACUACAGAUCAACCUCUUUAUGGUCGAUCACGUGUGCAUGAUGGAAAGUAGCGGCACUGGUCACAUGUGCUUCUGUGAGGAGGACAUGUGCAAUAGAUCACCCAAACAAUCGAUUCCGCCAACGGCGGCAGUCGUCUUCCUUCCCGUCCUUCUAACUGUGCUCGCUUCCCAAUCGCUGCUGGCCGGUGGGCGACGUUUGCUUGACCGAUGAUACACUGGCGCCCUCUGGCCACGCUUCCACCUCCAACCUUAAAUUUCGUUUGUUUAAAUAGAAAAAUUGAUUGGCAAAAUUUGGCCGGUGGUUUUAUACGAUUUGGACUGGAUGUUUCGACAAACGAUACCAACCCACUUUUGCCCAUCUUUCUAUUAGACCUGAUUUAGUUAUUUGCAUUUCUUGGAUGAUUGAUUUGGUGAUUUAUUCGUAUUGAAUAUGCUGGCGUGAUCUAUAUGAUAUAUACGUAUUGAUAGAUGACUUAUGCAACCAUGCAAGCAAGCACUACUGUAGGCUGCAGUGCGGCGAAUAAUUUUGACUUUUGAUGCGCGGUUUGAUAUUCUGCAUGUGCAUAAUUAAAUACCUUUGACGCCUGUGGUAUUAUAAACGUUUAACAGGCAAAGAUAUAAAAUUUACAUCAAGUAAAUUCAAUAACAGCUGAAAAACAAACAUUUAUAAUACCCAGGCACUACACUCGUAGCUUUUAGUUUAAUUUUAGUAGAACUAGUUUAAAUUACACGUGAGAAAAUGUUUUGAGCGUGUCAAUGAAUUGCAUGUGAAAAGAAUUAAAACUCUCAGUAUAUUUUCUCACGAAACACAAUUUGUUAAGAUUUUCACAUCGUUCACAUUUGUAAAUAUAUAAUUUGAAGUAGGCAACCAAGUUGACAUAACCGAACACAUUGAAAUUGUCAUGAUACCAAACACACUCGAAUAAUCAGAGAAACAAUGAGCUUACACACAUUGAUCGCUUCAAGUAGAUUAUAUAUAGUUAAUUAAUUAAGAGUGGCAAGCUAUUAAAAUUAAAAAUGCUAUUGAUAGCGCUGACACAAGUUUUCAUCAGCAACAUGCAUUACUUUCAGUUCAUUUUUUCCGUUUGCAAUCAAUUAAUUUGAAUAUUUAAUGAAAAUAUACAUUCCGCGAACGUUGAAUAAGAAACAUUAUAAUUACAUUCCAUUUCGAGUUAUAAAAUUAGUUUGUUUAUCGAUCAAAUAUUUAUAAUAUUGUUAUUUAAUGUUUAAAUAUUGGACGCUUUAAAUUUUAACGAUAUUAAGAAUAUGAUUGGCGCGUUAAUGGCUCGACAGUAUUUAAAUCUAGAGUUUAAUAAUGUUUGGCAGUUAUUAUUCGGAUCUUGGCGUAACCUAUUUUAGAGACAAUAAUUUUUGUUUUCGAAAAAAAAUCAAAUCUAACCAUCUACACUUACUUAUAAGAGAUUUUCUAAUACGACACCAAUUAAAAUAAUAAAUUAACAAUUGAAUUAGUAGUGAUACGCACGCGAAAAUAAUAAUUGAAGGAAAACGGUUGAGAAUGUUGGCAAUGAGUUUUAAAAUACUUAAAUAUUUGUACCUGGCUGAACGACAAAUGUAUAUAGAACAAAGGAAGUAUCAUGCUCGGUCCAUUUUAUAAGAUUCAAAUUAAAAAAUUAAAUUUUAAAUUAAUUAACAAUUCGGUCACGUAAGAUGCUUUUUUAGAAGUAAUAAUUAUCAUACCACAUACACAUAACCCCACCGCUUAUUUUAUUUAUUUUAAUUUUAAGAAUUACGUCAUCAAAUUGCGUUCAUGUUAUUCAAGUCAUUGUCAAAUAUCAAUUGCACUUAUAUUAGUUCUCAUCGAUUACCUACUCAUCGUCUGUAGAACGCAAAAAUAAUAUUUUAAGCUGAAUUACUCAGAAGCGUAAAGAAAAAAUCAUCAAAACGUAAAUAAUUUCGUUGAAACAAAGUAGAAACAGAUAAAAAUAGAAAUAGCAGUAAAAAGCCCUAGCUCUAUUUUAUUCUCGUCGCGCUUGUUUCGAUUUAGCAUGUCAUCACAAGUACACUUGCACGUUUUUAAAACAGACCUGUAGUUUGACUUUUUAUUGAUUUGAUUUUAAUUGAGAUAUGCAACACACUGAAUACAUCGCAUUGCGUUUGCACAGCUCACCAGAAAAACCAAAUGCUCAUUAUGAAUAUUUUGGUUUUGUUAUUUUUUGAUUUUAUCUUUUAGAACCUAUAUAAAUUAAUUUCUUGUGUCUAUAUUAUACUUGAAAUGAGUUGAAACUUUUUGAACAUAAUUUGAACAUAUUUUUCUAUUCUCUCGUAAUUUGUAAUAUGUUCUAACUGUUGAUUGGCAUCUCUGUUACUACUUACUUGUUUCGGAAAGCAAAACUUAGUGAAUUUAGACAAAUUUAGCAUCGACACAAAAUCACACAGACACUCGCUUACUUGCAAUAAACUUAUGAAAAAUACACUAACAAAAUAGAACAUAGAAAAGCAAAAAUUAAAAAAGCGUCAAAUUAUUAUUUACAUUAUAAGCACAAAUUUUUAGUCCGUCACUCAUUUGAUUACACAUUCAAAAUUUGAUAAUUAUAAUUAAAAUUUAGAAGUAUUGAUUUUAUCAGCCAAAAUUAGAAGCAGAAUGUGUUAAAAAUAGAUGAAAAUUACUUUGAGGUAAAAUCUAAUGAAGACAAGGUAUUUUUUUAUUCCAACUAAAAAUAUUCAAUCAAUAUUAAUAAUUUGAUAUUUAUAAACGUAUUAAAUUCAAAUUAAUUUGAGUGGCUUCGUUUCUUGUUCGUUUCUAAGCUCAUCAUUUUCUGUGCACACACAGAAGCCGUCAAACUGCAAAGCUGAGUUUCUUUAAACAAUUUCCUAGGACCAAAUUAACUCACACUAAUUGGAUUUAGUCAAAACCGUUUACUUUUCGAAAUUUAGCAAAACUUAGAGCACAGCACAAUUACAAAUUACAACUACUGUUAAAACAAAACAAAAUAUUACACCUUAACAUUUUAAUAGAAAUUAUUAGUGUAGAAUUACCUAUUGAACAAUAACCUUGUGAUCACACAGUAUGAAACAAAUUGGAUUUACUAAAAUUUUUCAUUUCUUUGGCAUUCUAGUACUUAGAAUUUUUUAACAUUUUAUCGUUGAUGCGUCUCGACUUUUUUCAUUUUCGUUUUUUUUUUUUUCGUUUUGUUUUCGUGUUUUUCUUAGUUGAUUGAUUGGAAACGUGUAAGUUCACACUUUAUUGUUACUGAUUAUAUCUGAUUAGUUAACUAACGGUAGUGUUCUUGAAAUUAAUACAUGUGUUUCGUGUUGAUGAUAUAUAUAUUAUAUACCUACAUAUAUUUGUUGAUAUGAUGACAUGACUUAUGAGAUGAGCUGACAUGAUAUGAUGACGUAGUUGAAUGAUUUUUCAUUUUUGUUUAGAGUUUGAUUUGUUGGUUUGUUUGAGGAUGAAUAUAUUAGAUUCCUUUGCCCAUAUCUUUCUGAAAUCUUCUUCUUCACGUACAAUUGGAAAUUUAAUGCAAGUGAAGCAAUUUUAUUUAUAAAUUUUGAAAGAAAAUAACUUUACCUCAAAGUUUGACACUUUUUUAUCGCCUCCCGCCGGGGGGUUGAUAAAAAAUGUGCCAAAUUUCCUAUCAAUACCCUGGAAAACUAACAAACUGAUCAAAUUAGAGUAAUUUAUGUUUGAACAUAUUUAUUUUGUUUGUUUUAUGUUUAUUCGGUUAGUUAAAUUUUUUACAAGUUGAGUUUUGUUAUGAUUACCAAUAAACUAAAACAAUUAUGCAAAGAUUUUCACUCAAGAGAUAAUGAAAUAAUGUGUCGAUCAAACAUCGCAUAAUUUUAUAAUUUUUGAACCAAGUAAAAAAACAUACAAUAGUCUAAAAUCACUUUGUAUAUAUUUUCGCACAAUUUUUUACAAACUCUAGCAAAUCUAAGCUAAGUGCACACACAUUUACAAUAAUACAAAAACCACACAAAACACUUGCGCUGAUUUGCGUCAAUGUUUUCGAGAAAAAAAAAUCGUUGUGUGAAUUGAACUACACUCAGUAAAUGAUAAAUUUACGAAACACUCGGAACAUAUUAUUUUGCGUUUAUGUCCAAUUAGUUUCAUCUCUGUCUCUCUAUCUAUGUCUCUGUUUUUGGUUUUUGUUUUCAAUUGUUUCAAAUUUGAUUCGGUUCCAUUUUUCUUGUGUUGUAAAAAAAUUAACUGUAAAAUUAACCAGAAAGUGCAACUAAAACACGUCCGCUAAGCAUCUUUCAGCAAUUUUAAAUCUAUUGAAAGUCCACCUCACAGGAUGCCGAUACCGUUCUCACAAGCCGUCAUAAGAACGUCACGUUUUUAUGAUGCGCCAUCUUCUCGACCAUCAUGUCACUACUUACAUCAUUGUACCAGCCGCCCCAAAAUGGUGUCCAGCGCCUAACGACGCACUGCUUCAUGCGCUUUCAUCGUGUGCCCGUAUUGCGAAAGCCGAUUAAUCGCUCUUUCGAACAUUUGGUUUCUCACCCAACCCCCAAGAACACACACUCAAGUACAAAUUUCCGCUCCAGUUGUGCUCAGAUCGACGGAAAUUCGUAUUUCGCUUCCGAGGUACAUUCGACCUCGCUUGAGUAAACUGAUAGUGCACACUUUAUUAUAUUUUCGACGCAUAAAGGGUGCAUUAAUCGCAUUCGCGCAAAGUGCAUAUCGCAUGCGUCGGAUGGGCAUCACCGAAAAAAGGGGCGGUGAGAUCGCAUCGCAAGCACACCAUCAAGAGAUCUCAACACACAAAAAAUGCAAUAUUGUGAUUGCGGCAACAAGUUUUAAAAUCUGUACACUAAUUUUACAUAUUACCUACAAUAUUGUCCUACGAUUUUAACUUGACAAACUUUUACAACUUUGAGCGAGCAUGUUAAUGAUAGGUGUGUUAAACGAAAAAUCAGUAAAUGAAAACAAACAAAAAACAAACAUGUAUCUUGACUAGGAAGUUUUAACUUGAAAUUGUAACAUUUAAAAACAAUAUUAGCUUGUAAUUGUACCUUACCUGUCUAUGAUUGUACUUUCUACCUACAAAUAUGCAUAUAAAUGCAUCACCACACAAAUGAAACCUUUAAAAAACUAUAAGAAAACUGUUUCCAGUCAAAUACUCUCGCAACAAUUAUAAAAUAAUACUUGAAAAUGAUGGUAAUGUUUGUUCUGGAAUAGAGUUGGUUUUUACCGGGCACAGUUGAGUGCCUCUAUUCUAGAAACGGACUUUAGCAUUUUUGGCGCAUAAAACUAGUGUUGGAAUACAAAUUUAUGAACAAAAACGAGUAAUAAUAUAGUCAUAUCAAUCACAAGCAAACUUAAUGAAAGAAUUGUACAAUAAAAAUAAUUAUAAAAUGUUCUGAGUUUUGGAUUAUAUUAUCUUCGUUUCUUUCUUUUGUUAAUUUAAUUUUAAUAAAUAAAUUAUUGUUACCCCUGAGAUAA